CUUCCUGUUCGUCUCUGAAAGGCUCAAACCUUUGCCUACCAUCUCAUCGGCUCAAAGAUGUCUCUCUUACUCCGAACUUUACCUCUCCGACACGCUUCAUUUUCUCUUUUCCUCUCCGCCACGGCCAUAUCCGCCUCAAACGCCGCCGUUUCAUUCCUCCUACCCAAACCGAGAAGCCUACCUCAAAGAACCUUCUGCAAUUCAGCUGCCGCGGCUGCCUCCGCUGACGCCGUUGUAGUGAAGUCGAAUCCUUCUCCUCCCUCUGUUCUCAAAUGGGUUUCGCGCACUGGGCGUUGCGGUGAGCUAUCAGUGGAAGAUGUUGGUAAAAGAGUCCACCUUUGCGGAUGGGUCGCCCUUCACCGAGUCCAUGGAGGUCUCACUUUCCUUAAUCUUCGAGAUCAUACCGGCAUUGUCCAGGUUAGGACGCUUCCGGAUGAGUUUCCUGAGGCUCAUGGCUUGGUCAAUGACAUGAGGCUUGAGUACGUUGUUUCUGUGGAAGGCACUGUUCGUACUAGGCCUAAUGAGUCCGUCAACAAGAAGAUGAAAACUGGAUCCCUUGAGGUAGUUGCAGAGCAUGUUGAAAUAUUGAAUCCUGUGAGGUCAAAGCUUCCUUUCCUAGUUACUACUUCUGACGAGACAAAAGACUCAAUUAAAGAAGACAUUCGCUUAAGAUUCCGAUGUCUUGAUCUACGCCGUCAGCAAAUGAAGAAUAAUAUUCUUCUUCGCCAUAACGUGGUGAAGCUGAUCAGGAGGUAUCUAGAAGACAUGCAUGGGUUUAUUGAGAUUGAAACUCCGAUACUCUCUAGAUCUACUCCAGAAGGCGCACGAGAUUAUCUGGUUCCCUCAAGAAUUCAGUCAGGAACAUUCUAUGCUUUGCCACAAAGUCCGCAGCUCUUCAAACAAAUGUUAAUGGUCUCUGGUUUUGACAAAUAUUAUCAGAUAGCAAGAUGUUUUAGAGAUGAAGAUCUAAGAGCUGAUAGGCAACCUGAAUUCACUCAGCUUGAUAUGGAAAUGGCUUUCAUGCCUAUGGAGGACAUGCUGAAGCUCAAUGAAGAUCUUAUCCGUAAGGUCUUUUCAGAGAUUAAAGGUAUCCAGCUACCUAAUCCAUUUCCAAGAUUGACGUAUGCUGAUGCAAUGGAUCGAUAUGGUUCAGAUAGACCAGAUACAAGAUUUGAUCUUGAGUUGAAAGAUGUGUCAAAUGUUUUCACAGAAUCGUCCUUCAGAGUUUUCACGGAGGCCAUUGAAAGUGGUGGAAUCAUUAAGGUGUUAUGUGUGCCAUUGGGUGCUCAAAAGUAUUCAAACUCGGCUCUAAAAAAAGGAGAUGUUUACAAUGAAGCAAUGAAAUCUGGAGCCAAGGGUCUGCCUUUCUUGAAGGUGUUGGAUAAUGGCGAUCUCGAGGGAGUUGCAGCAUUAGUGUCUAGUUUAGACUCGGAGAGUAAAACAAACUUUGUGAGACAAUGUGGAGCAAAGCCUGGUGAUCUUAUUUUAUUCGGAGUGGGUCCUGCUACUUCUGUUAACAAAACCCUAGACAGGCUAAGACUCUUUGUAGCCCAUGACAUGGAUUUGGUCGACCAUUCCAAACACUCCAUUCUAUGGGUAACAGACUUCCCAAUGUUUGAGUGGAAUGAACCAGAGCAGAGGCUUGAGGCGUUACAUCAUCCAUUCACAGCUCCAAGGCCUGAAGAUAUGGAUGACUUACCUUCUGCACGAGCUCUUGCCUAUGACAUGGUCUAUAAUGGCGUCGAGAUUGGUGGAGGAAGUUUAAGGAUAUAUAAGCGGGAUGUCCAAGAAAAGGUUUUGGAGAUCAUUGGCAUCUCAGCUGAAGAGGUGAGAAUCACUUUGUUUGAUUAUUACAGAAAAGCCUUUUCUCAUGCUGUUUUCUACAAACAGGCUGAAGCAAAGUUUGGCUAUCUUCUGGAGGCUCUUGACAUGGGUGCUCCUCCUCAUGGUGGAAUUGCUUAUGGAUUAGAUAGGAUGGUAAUGAUGCUGGCAGGUGCGAGUUCCAUAAGGGAUGUAAUAGCUUUCCCAAAGACAACCACUGCGCAAUGUGCACUAACCAGAACUCCCUCGGAAGUCGAUCCAAAGCAGCUCCAAGAUCUCUCCAUCCGCACCAACUAAUAGCGAUCUCAUCACAAGCAUCAUUUAUGUCUUUAAUGCUCUGAGAAGAGGAGUAAGUAGAGAUGUGGUAGUGGUAUAUCUCUUGUUAAAGCUCUUUGUCCACAUCUUCAAGGUGGUUAUUGAUUUUACAGAAAUUUGUAUGAAUAUCACUUUUUGAAACGAUAUUUGCAGAAGUGAUUUGCAAAAUUCCCACUUGAAUAAGUGAUUAUAGAAAACAAAAUAUUUAUUUUUACCCACA